AUGAUGGAAUUUGUUAUAUUUUUGGGUCUGUGUUUUGUUUUAGGGGGGCUGGCGGUUGCAUCUAAUCCUUCCCCUUAUUAUGGGGUGCUAGGGUUAGUGGUAGCGGCUGUUGCGGGGUGUGGUUGAUUGGUGAGUUUGGGGGUUUCUUUCGUAUCUUUGGUGCUGGUUAUGGUAUAUUUAGGGGGAAUGUUGGUAGUGUUUGUUUAUUCGGUGUCUUUAGCGGCGGAUCCGUAUCCUGAGGCUUGGGUAAAUUGAGGGGUUGUUGGUUAUGGUUUUGGGAUGGCUUUGGUUGUUAUUGUGGGGCUUGCUAUGGGGGGUGUUUUAGAGCUCCUGGUAGAUGGGGGGACAGUGAAUAGUGGAGGUUUGUUGUCGGUUCGGUCAGACUUUAGCGGGGUGGCUGUGCUUUAUUCGGAAGGGGUUGGGCUGCUUCUGAUUGGGGGGUGAGGGUUGCUGUUGACUUUGUUUGUGGUAUUGGAGCUUGUGCGGGGGUUAUCUCGGGGGGCGAUUCGGGCUGUGUAG